AUGACUCAACCCGACAAUCAAAAUGAGCGACCGCCUCUGGGAUUCUUAGCCACCGAAAUCAAUUUCCAUCGGCCCCCAGGAGACGGCUUUAACAACAGGACUUGGUCAUUCCCCCUGAUUCAACAAGUUGCUAAAGGCUCUCUAUUGGUUCAGCUUGUCAGCAAGGACGAAUAUCCCGAGGAGUUUAUUGAGAAUUUCGUCAAAGCCUCGGAAAUCCUCAUUGCCAAAGGAUGUGUGGGUAUCAUCACGAGCUGCGGAUUCUUGGCCAUGGCGCAACCUGAGUUGUCUAAGCGCCUAUCGGUGCCUAUAGCCACAUCUUCCCUUCUCCAGAUCCCAGGAAUCCAAGGGUUUUUGCCAAAGGGAAAGGUCCCGGGCGUCAUCACAUUUGACGGUACUCGGCUCAAGCUGAAGCAUUUUCAGCAGCUUGGUAUCGCAAAUGCUGAAUCGAUCCCGAUUGAGGGAUGCCCCGAUCCUGGAGAGUUGCGUCGAGUGAUUCGCGAUGGAUUGCCGUAUGUCCAUGACAAACUUGAGGCAGAGUUGGUUCAAGCAGCAAAAAACUUAGUCAGGAGGCGUCCGGACGUGGGAGCCAUUGUUCUCGAGUGCACGCAGCUUCCUCCAUUUGCAAAGGCCAUUCAAGCGGCAGUGAAGGUACCUGUAUUCGAUGUGUAUACUCUCGGCGAGUGGUUUUAUUCUGGACUGUCUCGAAAAGGGUUCGCCGAAUGGACUGCUACGGAGAAGAUUGAGGCAAGGCAGCACAGACCUCGCUCUAAGGUUGAACUAUCGGAAAGUAAAUUGUAG